AUGAAGCGUUUCUUUUCAGGAAACAAAUCAAAUGAAUCUGAUUCUGAUUUAUACACGACAUCCCCAACUGAAUAUCGUGGAAUCUCCAAUGGUAAUCGAGAAAGCCCACCAUCCCUUAGGGAAGAGGAAUCAUUAUCAAGUGAAUUGGUUCCUAUCGUCACUUUGUUAACUGCACAUACUCAUAGACGUUACCAUGAAGGUAUACUGCUGAUCCUACAUGAUUUGAAGAAUGAUGGAUCACCAGCAGUAAGGAAAUGGAAAGAAGUUUAUGGUGUGCUUAUAGGUACCCAAGUAGCAUUUUGGGAUACUAAAGAACUUGUUGAUACAAACGAGAUCGAUUUUAGAAAAUUUGCAUCUAAACCAACAUACCUGAAUUUAAACGAUGCUAUAUUAAAGCCUAUUGAUGCAGUUGAAGGUGUCUCUACGGCAAGUAAUAAGAAAUUAGAGAAUGCAAUUGUUAUUUCAACAACGUUGAAGAAUAGAUAUUUUUUACAAUUUAAUGAUAAAGAAUCAUUUUUCAAAUGGAACGCUGCUAUUCAUUUAAGUAUAUAUGAAAAUGUAGCAUUACAAGAAGGUUAUACAGGUGCUUUCUUAUCAAGUAGAGGUGCAAGAUUAAGUGAUAUUAAAGUUAUAUUGGGAUCUACAAAAUAUGAUUAUGAAGAUUGGGUUAGUGUUCGUUUUGGAACAGGUAUGCCAUGGAGACGAUGCUAUGCAGUUAUCACACAACUAAGUACAAAGAAAUCACCAUAUGGUCAAAUUAAAUUCUAUGAAAAUGAAAAGAAAACUAAGAAAGCAGAUACUAUGGCGGUUAUUACUAGCGCAAGUGAAGUAUAUGCUGUAUAUCCAUCAUCUGCUAAAUUAAUUGAUACUUCAACAAUUAUUAAAGUUGAAGGGACAAUAAGUUUUGAAAAAAUUGAUAACCCUACAUCGACUAACAUUUUUAUAAUGCCAGAGAAACAUAUGGCUGUUCAAGGUUAUGAUACAAUUAUUCGUUUCUUAAUCCCUGCUAUGAAUGCUUUUAAACUUUAUGGUAGACCCAAGAGAUUAAUUGCUAAUAAAGAAGAUCCAGAGUCAUUAUUAUUUGGUUUACCUACAUUACCUCACAUUUAUUAUUUACUAGUAGAUGAUAUUAUGAAACUUGCCACAUCUACAGAGAGUCUUCAUUGGACCAAUGCUAAUUGGAAAGAAAGAAUAAAUGAAAUUAUGUUAAUGAAGAAUAGAAGUGGUUAUACUGGGUGUGGUAGUAGUAAAGACUUGAAAAAUUCAUUGAAUUCUUCAUUCUUAGAGUCUGGUGAAUUAUUUGAUGCUGCUGGGACAAUUUUAUCUCCAAAACUUAAUGCUAAAUCAACAUCAGGUUCACCAAAAUCCGAUACUUUGGUAAAAUCAUCAUCAUCAUCGGUAUCGUCGCCAGCUAAUAGAGCUAAACAUGGAAUCUCAUUGGAAUCUCCAGAAAGAAAAUAUAUGAAAUCUCCAGAAAGACAAUAUAUGAAGUCUCCAGAAAGAAUCAAUUCUCAAGCUGAAUCUAUUAUUGUUCAGAAACGGAUGGAUAAAUACAACAGGAGUAAUGAUUCCCUUAAUAGAACUCAUUCACCUACUCGAUUUAAUAACGUUGAAACAAACCGAAACAUCAAUGCAAUUAACUCUGAUCGGGAUAAUACCAACUUAAGAGAUUAUAAUGACCAAGGAAAUAUAAAUAAUGGUGGUCGUAAUAAUAUUUCAUCUGUGAAACAAAAAGGUCAUAUCCCAGAACAAAGUACAGAAAGUAUUUCAUCGAUAUUCAAUAUGUAUGAUACGAAUGAUGCAGAUGAAAGUUCUAUACCGUCAAAAUCCGUGAGUUCAAAUAAUAGUCAAAGCGAUAUAUAUAAUUCAUUUGUACAUAUGGGUGGACCUAAAACCAAACCGGAUAAUCUCAGGGUCUCUUCAGAGAUUGAAAAACUAGGAGCAGGUAUUAAGAAUAUUUCCAUGCAAAGACCACACCAGGAUACUAACACGAAUAAGUCUGCACAUCAUCAUUCUCCAAUAAGGAAACAACCAUACCCCCCUGCGAUAGCUGAUGAUCCGGAUCCAUUUGAUCCAUCAUUUAUGGAACAGAAUAGAAUGGUUGAAUAUGAUAAUGAAUUAAACUCUAGAAGUGUUGCAAGUAGUAUUCAUGAAAAGACUCUUCAAAAUAACUCAUGGAGAAGUUCCCCUUCAAAGAGUAAUACUAGUUCUACAUCAAAUUUAUCUGAUCGUGAUAGUAAGAAUGAAGUUUAUCAUUCCGCAAUAGAUGUGAAUGAUUCCAAGAAGAAUGACACAAUGACUAGUAAACCUAAAUAUAAUCCUUUUGCAAAAGAGAAUAAUCCAAGUAAAAAUGAUAAAGUUAAGAAACAAGAAAGGCAUCAACAAGAGGAUAAUACUAGACCUAUUCAGACAUCUCCAGACAGGACUACAUUAAACAGAAAUAGUAAUUUUCAAGCCAAUGAUAGUAACCGUCAAAGUGUUAUUAGCAAUGGUAGACUUCAAAGAAGAAAACCACCAGUUGCAGAUGAGUUGUUACAGCCGAUACAGAAUAUAAAUGAUGGUUCAAGACAACAUUCCAAUACAAGUUCGAAUUAUUCAAAUAAUAGUAUGAAUACAAAUAAUGAUAAAGGAAAUACUAAUGGGAAUAACAGUACAUCGUAUAUUACAAGUGAUAAAAGUAGAUCAACACAACAAUACUCAAGUACUUCACAACAAAAUAUGAAUAACCAGCAUUACAAUCAGUAUUAUUCACAACAAGGGCAACAACAACAACAAAUGCCAACUAAUUUGAAUCAUCAGAGUAAUGGUAAUAACAAUAACAAAAAUAUUCGAGGCCAAUCUCAGCCACAAGGUUAUUAUCCACAACAACCACAACCACAACCACAACCACAGAGUUAUUAUUCUCAGUCACAACCACAACAGUAUAUGCAUCCACAACAACAGCAGAUGUAUAUGCAACAACACAAUUUUUUUAAUCAAGGAUAUGGUCAGCGCAAUCAAAACUUCAACAAUCAAGGCUACCCACAGAACCAAAAUUAUCCACCAUCUCAAGGUAAUAUGAACCAAGGAUAUCCAAACUAUGGUUACGCUAAUCAAGGAUAUGCAAAUCAGAAAUAUCCUAGAAACAAUUAUCCAAGAUAG